AUGAUGGAAACUUCGUCCGUAAUUGUUCUCGAUUCUGACUCGGAUGAUGGGGUGGUUAACGAAAACGAUUCAUUGGUUGCACGAAAGCGAAAGGCUCCUACGCCACCCUCCAGCAAAACCGCCCCGUUGAAUGGUACAAACGUAGAUACGAAUGUCACGGGUUCGGCAGAACCACCACAACGGAAGCGUAUUAAACCAAUCACAAUCGCUUCAAAUUUGUCGGAACGAUGGCCAGAUGGUGGAACACCGCCUCACAACAACAACAACAUCCAGCCGGCAAUUUCAAGCGACCAUUUCGCGCCAAUAACCUAUUCGGAAGAUUGGGAACACGAAAUAAAGCGAUAUCGCGCGAUCUCCAUGCAAGCAGUUCCGACCACACCUGCGAGCUCCAGAAGCAGCACAACGAACGAUGAGUCGGAAUCCAACAACCCUAGUGCAUCCGAAGGUACGGUUAAGGCAUUGGCGGCAAACCAACCGCCAUCACAACGUAAGGCCUCCAGCCUAACAGAGAAAAACCAAAUUGGAAAGGAAUUCCAAGAACUGCUGGACGCGUGCCGUAAGGCCGACAACUCCAAAGACAUGGAAACUCUGAUCGAAAAGAAGCUCGUGCGUUACUAUGAAGUGGUUCAUCCGGACUACGUGAAUUCCAAAAGCUUUAAAAAGGCAGUCGUCCAAGUAACGACCGAGGUGAAAGCUCAUCCGAAUCUGGUCUUUCUUAAGAUAGCCAGCAUCGUGGAGGAGUUAAAUAUUCGGAGGAAAUCCCGUCCAGUAGUAGCACCGUCCACGAUCGAGGCCGACGAUCCGGCGCCACCGCCAGAGGACUCCGGUACGUCUAAGAAGGAUCGUCAGAUUAGGAAACUCAACCGAACGCUGUACAUCCUGGACAAGCGUAUCAAACAAAUGGAAGAGGCAGAGGUCGAUUUUAACCACGAAUCCAACUCCACCUAUCUAAUGGCGGAGCGUUACAAGAAGCGCGCCUUCGAAGUGUACGAGAAGCUGUGUGAUAUAACGGGCGAAAGCAAAAAUGCCCAUCGGCUCGUGCGUAAGCCGAUCCAAUUUCAGGGAACGUCGUUCACUGAAUUCAACCGCAUGUUGUCGCAAUUCGUCAAUCGAAAAAAUUCGUUUCCUAACUUCCGUGAUGUGCUCAAAUGUUUGCUGCACUGCAAUACAAAGUACGACUAUGGGCUUCAAACGGAACAAAUGAACCGAAUGGCCCACGAGGCGUUUUCCAAAAUCGGCAAACUACUGCAAAAGCGAAGGAAAACGGAUCUCUACGAAACGGUCGUCUACCACACCGGCGAUGAGAAAGACCCGGCGACCAUCGAUCCGAAGCUACGCGAAAAACUGGAAGAAAAUGGAAAACACUACGGCAAAGUGAACCAGCUAAUCGAGAAGUUUGCUGCAAAAGAGAGCAUGAUUCGUGAAGAAAUUGCGGCCAACAAAUCCAAAACCGAAGACACUACAGCCACCGAAGAAAGCAGGAAGGGUGGAAUUAAAAGUAGCGAUUCGGUGCCAUCUAGUAGCGCAAGCAGUUCAAAAGCAACCACUAGUACUGCCUCAGACGAGGCGAUAAAUGAAAUUUCCCUAGAAGUUACCGACUCCGACGAUGAUGAUGAUGACGAGGAUGAUGACGAGGACGAAGAGGACGAGUUUGAAUCCACCACUAAGGAAAAUGUUCAACCGGACAGCUUCGAAGAUGUUGUGAUUUCAGACGACGACGAGCUAGUGGUGUUAGAUUCGUAG